AUGGCGUCCUGGCAAAUAGACGAACAGCAGGGGCUCCGCACCGAACGUAUUGCCACCGUCUUGGAGUUCGAAAGCUUCGGAAUCAAUUUGUACGGUGGCCUAGGUUGUUGGAGAACAGUAGACUUUGUAUCUCUUUCUGUUGGUUAUCUCGGUCAGAAUCCUGAGCUGUCCGGUGAGAUGGGAUUGACAGAAAAGGAUGUUGACAAUGAAAAAGUGAGGGACGCCAUAGAUAGUCAGGUUUCGGUAAAAAAGCAGCCUUCGAUUGGCAGUGGAAGCCCUUUGAGCAUUAGUGGCGGGAGUAAGUGUUUCAAAGGGAAAGAUGCGUUAUCUUAUGCUAAUAUUCUCCGCUCAAGGAACAAAUUUGUGGAUGCCUUUGCUGUCUAUGAGAGUGUGUUGGAGAGGGAAUGCGAAAAUGUUGAAGCUCAUAUUGGUAAAGGGAUUUGCCUUCAGAUGCAAAACUUGGGGAGGGUCGCAUAUGAGAGUUUUGCUGAAGCCGUGAGGCUGGAUCCAGAAAAUGCUUGCGCACUCACACAUUGUGGUAUCUUGUAUAAAGAUGAGGGGCGACUGGUGGAGGCGGCUGAGAUGUAUCAGAAAGCUCUAAAGGCUGAUCCAUCAUACAAGCUAGCAGCAGAAUGCUUGGCAAUUGUUUUGACAGAUCUUGGCACGAGUCUAAAACUUGCUGGAAACUCUCAGGAGGGAAUCCAGAAGUACUAUGAAGCUAUUAAGAUCGACCCACACUAUGCUCCUGCUUAUUAUAACCUUGGUGUUGUGUAUUCGGAGAUGAUGCAAUAUGACACGGCCCUUAGUUGUUAUGAAAGAGCUGCAAUAGAGCGACCCAUGUACGCAGAAGCAUAUUGCAACAUGGGUGUCAUUUAUAAAAAUCGUGGGGAUUUGGAGUCAGCAAUAGCCUGUUAUGAUAGGUGUCUAACUGUUUCCCCAAACUUUGAGAUUGCAAAAAAUAACAUGGCCAUUGCCUUAACAGAUUUAGGCACAAAGGUUAAAUUGGAGGGUGACAUCAACCAGGGUGUUGCAUAUUAUAAGAAAGCUCUUUGCUACAAUUGGCACUAUGCUGAUGCCAUGUACAAUCUUGGUGUUGCUUAUGGAGAAAUGCUGAAGUUUGACAUGGCAAUUGUAUUUUAUGAACUUGCAUUCCACUUCAAUCCCCAUUGUGCGGAGGCAUGUAACAAUUUAGGGGUGAUAUACAAGGAUCGUGACAACCUCGAUAAAGCAGUAGAGUGUUACCAGAUGGCUUUAUCUAUCAAACCCAACUUUUCACAGUCACUAAACAAUCUUGGAGUUGUGUAUACCGUCCAGGGUAAAAUGGACGCUGCAGCAAGCAUGAUUGAGAAAGCUAUUGUUGCUAAUCCAACGUAUGCUGAGGCAUAUAACAAUUUAGGGGUUCUUUACCGAGAUGCUGGAAAUAUAUCUCUGGCAGUUGAAGCUUAUGAGCAGUGCCUCAAAAUAGAUCCAGACUCCCGCAAUGCAGGCCAGAAUCGCCUACUAGCAUUGAACUACAUAUAUGAAGGAGCUGACGAUAAAUUAUAUGAGACUCACAGGGACUGGGGUAGGCGCUUUCUGAGGUUAUUUCCACAGUAUAAUUCCUGGGACAACAUUAAGGAUCCAGAAAGACCGCUUGUUAUUGCAUAUGUGUCUCCUGAUUAUUUUACUCAUUCUGUGUCAUAUUUCAUUGAGGCACCAAUUAUCUAUCAUGACUAUGCAAACUACAAGGUGGUUGUCUACUCAGCAGUUGUGAAGGCAGACGCAAAAACAAACAGAUUCAGGGACAGAGUCCUGAAGAAUGGUGGAACCUGGAGGGACAUUUACGGGAUUGAUGAGAAAAAAGUAGCGAGCCUAGUUAGAGAAGAUAAAAUUGAUAUUUUGGUGGAACUCACUGGUCAUACUGCAAACAACAAGCUGGGAAUGAUGGCCUGCCGGCCUGCACCUGUUCAGGUGACAUGGAUUGGCUAUCCUAAUACAACUGGUUUGCCUACCAUCGAUUACAGGAUAACUGAUGCACUAGCCGACCCAGUUGACACGAAGCAGAAGCAUGUUGAGGAGUUGGUACGGUUACCUGACUCAUUUUUGUGCUACACCCCUUCCCCUGAAGCCGGGCCUGUGUCUCCAGCUCCUGCUCUAGCUAAUGGCUUUGUCACUUUUGGUAGUUUCAACAAUCUUGCAAAGAUAACACCUAAAGUGCUGCAAGUCUGGGCAAAGAUUCUAUGUGCAGUCCCAAAUUCUCGGCUUAUUGUCAAGUGCAAGCCGUUUUGCUGUGAUAGCGUAAGACAGCAAUUUCUUACAACUCUGGAGAAGUUGGGUUUGGACUCGCUACGUGUUGAUCUUCUGCCUCUAAUUAUUCUCAACCACGACCAUAUGCAAGCAUAUUCUUUAAUGGACAUAAGCUUGGAUACUUUUCCCUACGCAGGGACAACUACCACGUGUGAAUCGCUAUACAUGGGAGUGCCAUGUGUCACCAUGGGAGGUUCAGUUCACGCUCAUAAUGUUGGUGUGAGUCUUCUCAAAACAGUUGGCCUGAGUAAUCUGGUGGCAAAGAACGAAGACGAGUACGUGCAGAUGGCUGUGCAGCUGGCAUCUGACCUUAAUGCCCUUUCGAGCUUGAGAAUGAGACUUCGUGAUCUCAUGCUCAAAUCUCCCCUUUGUGAUGGAUCCAAAUUCACCAGGGGCCUCGAGUCGGCAUUCAGGAAUAUGUGGAGACGCUACUGUAAGGACGAUGUCCCGUCUCUAAGGCGUAUGGAGAUGGAACAAUUGUGCUCUCAACAGCCGCUGCUUGAUUCACAAAACGUUGCUCCCCAAGAAAUGCCUGGAAAAUUUAAUGCCAGUGCUAACUCACCUAUUAAGGCCAAUGGAUUCAAACCCGAGCAAAUGAAAACUUCCAGCCGUGAAGAAAACGGAUCGCUGUUGAAAAACUCAAGCUGA